CGAGCCGCCGAGCAUCACGGGACCAGCGGCGGGGCCCGGGCGGCCGGAGGCGGAAGCGCCCGCGGGGGGGCACCGCCGCCUGCUGUCCAAAUCCGCCUCUCCUGGGCUCGGAACCGACCUCGACCCACCGCGCCGCGGCUGCCGGCCAGGCUCAUGUGACUUCCGCCGGCGACUCCCGUCCUGGGCGGGGACCUCUGGGCACUCGGAGCCCGAGCCCGGAGCCAUAACUUAAAGGCGUCCGGGGAGUUAUACCCCCAGGCCCGGCCUCCCGGGUACGGUCAAGUCGGCUGGCGCUCCAGGAAGCGGGCCUCGGAUCGGAGAAGGUCUGUGGAGACCGGCUCGUCUAGACCUGUGCCAUGAGGGCCCUCUGGGCUCUCUCCCUGGCCGUGGCUGCGGGCUUGGCCUCUGCCAGACCACCUAACAUUGUGUUGAUCUUUGCUGAUGACCUCGGCUAUGGGGACCUGGGCUCCUACGGGCACCCUAGUUCCACCACACCCAACCUGGAUCUGAUGGCUGCAGGAGGGCUACGGUUCACAGAUUUCUAUGUUCCUGUGUCGCUGUGCACACCAUCCAGGGCUGCUCUCCUGACUGGCCGGCUACCUGUUCGGAUGGGCAUGUACCCUGGCGUCCUAGGGCCCAGCUCCCAGGGAGGUCUGCCCCUAGAGGAGGUGACCCUGGCUGAGGUCCUGGCUGCCCAAGGCUACCUUACAGGGAUGGCCGGCAAGUGGCACCUUGGAGUGGGGCCAGAGGGGGCUUUUCUGCCCCCUCAUCAGGGUUUCCAUCGAUUCCUGGGCAUUCCAUACUCCCACGACCAGGGCCCCUGUCAGAACCUGACCUGCUUCCCACCAGACACACUCUGCCAUGGCAGCUGUGACCAGGACCUAGUUCCCAUCCCCCUGUUGGCUAACCUGUCUGUGGAGGCACAGCCCCCCUGGCUUCCAGGACUAGAGGCCCGCUAUGUGGCUUUCUCCCGAGAUCUCAUGUCUGAUGCCCAGCGCCAGGGCCGCCCAUUCUUCCUGUACUACGCCUCCCAUCACACCCACUACCCUCAGUUUGGUGGGCGUAGCUUCACAGGGCGCUCAGGCCGAGGGCCAUUUGGAGAUGCCUUGAUGGAGAUGGAUGCAGCUGUGGGGGCCCUGAUGACAGUCAUAGGGGACUUGGGGCUACUUGGAGAAACGCUGGUCAUCUUCACUGCAGACAAUGGGCCUGAGACAAUGCGCAUGUCCCGUGGCGGCUGCUCUGGCCUUCUGAAAUGUGGAAAGGGAACGACCUUCGAGGGUGGUGUCCGAGAGCCUGCCUUGGCCUUCUGGCCUGGCCAUAUUACUCCUGGUGUGACCCAUGAGCUGGCCAGCUCCCUGGACCUACUGCCUACUGUGGCAGCCUUGACUGGGGCUUCGCUGCCCAACGUUACCUUGGAUGGUGUUGACCUCAGCCCCUUGCUGCUAGGCACAGGCAAGAGCCCUCGGCAAUCUCUCUUCUUCUAUCCGGCCUACCCAGAUGAGGUGCAUGGUGUCUUUGCCAUACGGAACGGGAAGUACAAGGCUCAUUUCUUCACCCAGGGCUCUGCCCACAGUGAUACUACCCCGGACCCUGCCUGCCACGCCACCAACCCUGUGACUGCUCAUGAGCCCCCUCUGCUCUAUGACUUAUCUGAGGACCCUGGUGAGAACUACAACCUUCUGGAGGGUACAGCUGAAGUUACCACAGAAGCUCUGAUGGCAAUGAAGGACCUCCAGCUGCUCAAGGCCCAGUAUGAUGCAGCCAUGACCUUUGGCCCCAGCCAGAUGGCCCGGGGUGAGGACCCGGCCCUGCAGAUUUGCUGCAAGCCGGGCUGCAACCCCCACCCAGCCUGCUGCCACUGCCCAAAUCACCAAUUCUGAAGGUACUCGGAAGGCCAGUCCCAGGCCUCUGGUCCCACCCAGCCUGGUAUGUGAUGACUCACUACCCUGAGGGGACAGGGGCAAGGGUGUGCAGAUAGUUUGUAUCUAAUAAUGUAAUAACAGCAGCUGAGACUUGCAGGUGUGCUAAUUCAUCUAAUCUUGGAAACUGUAAGGUCAGUACUAUUCCCCACUGUUACAAAUGAGGAAACUGAAGCACAGGAAUGUUCAAGGACCUGUCCAAGGUCAGUCCACCAGAAAGGUUUUGCUGGGAUUUGGCAGUACAGAGGUCUGACCUCAGGCCCUUGAACUUGCCAGUAAGACCUUCUACCAUUUGAGCCAUGCCCCCCAACUGGGCUUAGAUUUGAACCCAGGCAUUCUGGUUCCAGAGCUGUCCCUACCCUGAUGAUUGAUGUGUGCACACCCGAUCACAGGAACAAUAAGUGCCUUUCCAUACUAGGAACCAGGGAGAUGGUGAGGGCAGUGGUGGCUCUCAGUCUUCAGUAGAUACAAAGUCCCAGAGAGAUAGGUCUCCCAGGAAGAGGCAUUCAUAGAGGCUCUGGAGCUGCUCGCCUUGGUUUUCAUCAGAGACCUGUCUGGAGUCAGGUGAUGAUCUGCACAUUCCAGGUAGGGCUAAGGGGUUGGGGCCCUGCCAUCUCCUGGAAAAGCCUGUCAGCGAUUCCUCAGAUGGCCGAGUCCCAUGGGACCACUGUGCACCUACUUUUAACUCCUGGCUACACCUGUGGUCCUGUGCUAGACACUUUCUACCCCCCCCUCCCAAAUCAGUUUCUUAAAAACAUCUCAGAAUAAAAUCUAAGCUCCUUUGACUUGCUCCA